AAACCUCCCGUAAAACAUAGAGUUGUCUCCCCUUUACUAGCUGUUGUGUAACCGAAUGAACUAGAAUUUAGCAAGGAUUCCACUGAUAUAUUCCAGAUAUAGUUGCCUACGAAUAUGUAAAAUUAUUUACAAUUAUCAAUCCAGAAAGUUGUAACAAUAUUAAGAUGUCCAGUCCUGCAAUAUCGCAUAUAUCGCGAGUUCGAGCCUUAUAUAAAGCUAUAUUAAAGUUACACCGUGGUUUGCCGUUACAGAUGCAAGCUUUAGGUGACCAAUACGUGAAGGAAGAAUUUAGACAACAUAAAACAGUUUCAACUAAUGAAGCGUCUGUAUUUAUGACAGAAUGGUCGAAAUAUUAUGUAACACUUGCCCAACAGAUUGGUAAGAAGAAGCCGGAUCAAAGUAAUAUUGGUGCUAAUUUAUCGCCAGAAUUGUUAGACUGCUUGGGUGAUGAUCAGAUUGGACAGUUACAUGAACUUCUUCUAGAAACACAGAAACCUAUUGAAAAUUCGUGAAAACGCCCGAUGAAUAAAAACUAAAUCGAUGGAAAGGGUUCUUGUAACAAAGAUCACCUGAGAAAUUAUUUGUGAAACCCCGUAACCGACAGUUGUUUUUUGAAGAUAGUUCCACAGUUGAAUUAAUUAUUUCUUAGGAGUCAAAACAUCUAGACUUAAAUCAGUUAAAUAUUCUUAAAGUACUGACAACAAAAAAUAAUAGAAAAUUAUGUUGAAAACUUUGGGAGACUAAAACAACAGUACCACGAAAGAGAUAUGUUAAUUUCCCAAUUAAAUAACGUGGCAUGAUGUGUUCUUCUAGGAGAGAAAAGCCAACAUAUUGGUUACCGUUAGUUCUAUAGUGAGUUUGAUUUCAAAAGUCGAAUAUAAUGAAAUAAAACAAAUCUCUACAAAUCUUUUUUUUGUAACAACACAUUUUGGAUAGCCAUCACGACGUUUCCACAAAAUAUAACUAGUCACUAUCAGGUAUACAAGAUUACAAAUUAUAGUGAUUGUUAUCCAUAGAAUUGUGUUUUGUAUAUUUGGUACAAUGCUAAAUGCCUUUCAAAGAUUAUAUUUUGGAUGGUUUUUUUUUGUUUUGAUUAUAUAUGAUUUAGUUAUAAUGUAGUCGCAGUGUCAGGUCAUUAACCAAGGCCCACACAAGUACGCGCCGAAGGCGCGCGAACGUCCGGGGGUGGGGAGGGGUCUCCCCCUAGGAAAAUUUUGAAAAUUGACAACCGCAAAUCCAUUUUCCAAGCAUUUCAGACCAAAGCAGAAGAAGGCAAAUUUUUGAUUUCCUGAUACAAUUAGAUAACAGAAUGACCUAAGAGCACUAUCAUUAGAUGAAUUUGAGAAUUUGAGUGUCAAAAAAAAGCAACCUUUUAUCCUCCGUGAUGAAAAUAAUGCAAAUUAUAAUAUACAUACAAUACACGUGUUUGACAGUUAUGUUGACGCACAUCACAGACUAUAGCGAGAAUCUUCGCACUCACAGAAGUAUACGAAUAUCAUCAUAAGCUCCUGAAUCCCACGAGCUUAUGAUGAUAUUUGUUUACUUCUGUGAUGAUAACUGAUAAUUAAUUGUUCUCUAAGAAGUAACAAAUUAUUUCUUUAGCUUCAAGGAUAGCCAAAGUAAUCUUCAGGUCUUUUUUUUUCUUUCUCUUUUUUAUUUUUUCUUUAUAGGCUUAGGCCCACUUUUUUAAUGAGCUUAGGCCCACCUGCCACGGACAGGUGGACAGGUGGGCCCAGUCGUGUAUUUAUGGAUUUGCAAAUGUGUGUAGUGUUGCUAUAAACGUUUCUUAUUAUUUCUGUGGGUGUAAAUGUAAUGUAUAUUAUGCAAUAGUUAUCAAAAGGUACUUUACUCUAUGCACUUAUCAGUGUACUGUUUUCCAUAUUUCUUAAUGUAGUAAAAGUUAGUCCCGCAAAGGACAUUGUUUUUGGGCCAUUGUUAUCUUGUUUAGUUUAACAUAUUGAAUUGCAUAGCUUUUUUCUAUAUCAAAUCUAAAAUAAUAUGCCAAAACUUGCCUUUUUCAAAAGAAAUUCUAAAAUAAUUAACUUUUCCAUUGAAAGGAUCGUGAAAUGAAAGCUCAAUUAUAAUGAUUAUUUUUUCCUAUCGCAAUAUAUUUUCUCGGCAACUUUUGCACCCAUUUAUUUCAUUUCAUUUUUGAUGGCUUUCUUUUACCAGUGAAAACUCGAUUUUUGCACACAAGACUGUCCGUGAAAUGGCAUCAUAUAAUAGCGUUAUCAUUGAUAAAUUUAUUCAUUCUCCUCAUUUAAUAAAUAUUGACAGCGCAUUUAUUAAGGAGUCUGAAGUACUGGGGCAUAGGAAGGGCCGAGAGUGGAGGGGGUUGAAUACUCGAGUCCCAACCCAAAAUGUACAUUUCACCCCGGCACUAGUGGAGUCGCGAUGGUUCAGUGAGUAAGACAUUAGCUCGCUAAUCUGGAUAUCAGUGUUGGCUGAGAAAGUUCAUCAGGAUUUUCCGGCAUGGUUUUCACCCCGCCCCCCUUGUCAAUGGGACGGAGGGCCUCGCCCUCGCAAAGGACAACGUAUAGUCAUUGAGAUGGGACGAACAACCAAGGUGCCGUUUAUGCAUUGGCGUGUACGCUCAUCUUCAUUAGCCCAGUUGAUGCAGAACAGUAGGACGUUAAAUCCCAUUUCUUUUCAUUAAUCAGACAGCUAGUUUUAUAAAGCUCCAUGGUUGACGGAGUCGGAGUGCAUAAAAUACGACAAAUUUUAUAUUGUAUAUAUAUACCAUCAAAUCUGUCUAUGUCUUGCUUAAAAUGUAUUGUCUGGUUCGAGUAAGUAGUUAUCUACAUGUAUCUGUUGACUGCUCGAAAGUUGACCGAUGUGUCACAAAUCUGUCUUAGUUGCUAGAAAUCAACCCGAUGCCCGAUGUCAUAAUUGAAAAUAGAAACACUAUAAUAUAAUCUCACUUCUUUUUCUGAUUUGAACGUCCUGUGCUUUGUUACAAGGAUAUUUUGAAUGAUCUAAUUAGAUCUACACUGUAUUGCAUCAAAUAAUUAUUAUUUAUUAUUAUUGCAGCAUAUUUAUAGUGCGCCCGUUUAUAUCACAUGUUCAGGGGCACUUUGCAAAGUGACAAUAUAAUCAUAGAAAAACACACCAAAAUUAUGGACAUGCUAAGAGUAUAUAUGCAGAGUCAAUUGAAAGCCUGUUUAAAUAAAUGUGUUUCAAAAAAUAAUAGAGAGGUACAGCAUGUUAAACUAAAAGGUAGAUUAUUCCUGGGGUUUGAAAACUAAAAGAGUGCUGAUCAUAAGAGACUAGUUGAACGGAUUUGGGCUUUAAAGGUAGUUUGUCUGAUGUACGUAAUGUUCGACCAGGUGUAUUAAGUUCUAAUAGAUCAUAUAGGUAAACAGGAGCUAAAUUAUUUAAAAGUAAGUAAUAAAAUCUUAAAAAUCAA